ACAACGUUCCUGCGGGGGCGCGCGCGUGCUCUCUAAUCCCCCGCCUUCCGGCUCCGGCGCCCGUCGCCGCUGCCGCCGCCGCGCCACCAGUGUCAGCCUCCCUCGGGAGACUCCAUUUGCUCUUGGUGCGGUCUGGCCGCCGUGCAGGCGGGCGGAGAGCGAUGCCCCCGGCCGGCGGACUGGCGGUCCCCGCGCCAAGCGACCGCUCGCUCGCUCGCUGGCUGCGGCGGUGACACCCUGGUCGCCGGCGUCCUCGGCGGAAUCCGGGCUCCCCCCGCGGGAGGAAAGACGUCCCGCGCUCUGGAGCUCGCCCGGCGGGGAGAGGCCCUCGCUAACACAGCUUCUCUCUGACCUCUUAAUUUCGGGAGGUUUCGGAGGCUCCGAGUCUCUAUACGGCCCCCACAGGAACUACUUCUGUUGGCCCAUCGAGGAUCAUCUUUCACCAGCAUUAUUGUAACAUCAUCUUCACGGAGCCUUCCACCCCAUAGUCUCCACGUUGGGUCCUAAUUUCCACCAGUGAAGUUUUUUGAUGCUUUCUUUAGCAAUGUGACAUCAUCUCUUGUCCACCUUCCUCCUUUGCAGUUGCCAAAUCGAUUAGGUGUAAGUGGCCUUAAAGUUCGGAGUUUUCUGCCUGUCCACUUUCACCUUGCAGGCACCGCUCUCUUCUGUCCAGCUCACCUUGCCUUGCUUGCCUAUGAUUUCCAUAAGCACUCGUUUGCGUAACAUGUAGCAGCCCUUGCCUGGAGAGACGGCAUUCCAUACAAUCCAUUGCUUGACAAAGACCACAUAGUCAGGGGGUGAGCUUUCCCAUUUUAUUUUCCUGUAUGUCAAGUUUGCAAGUCCUCUCUUGACUUAAACUAUUUAUUACCUAGCGCAUUUCCCAAAACAACUUCCCCGAGUCUUAGUGGCUUGAUCAAAGAACCUCACCUACAGUGAUGGCAAGAAUUGAGCGUGCAAUAGUACUGUUUUGCAGAUCUUGCUAGUAUAGUAUUGAUUCAAAUUCUAACCUCCAGUGAGAUUGCAAUUCAUGAAAAGACCUUAACUAAGUAAGGAGGAAGAAAGAUAGAAGAUAAGAUUAAUUGGAGAUAGGGCUUAUUGUAGGAACUUUGUAAGUUUUAAAAGAGCAAGUGAAAGGAUUCAUGUCGACUUUGUCUGGAAAUUGACCAUCACACUAUCCAUCUAGGUCCUAAGAGUGAGAGGAAGGAAGAAUCUUAAGACCUCUUUUUCUAUUCCCUUUGUGUUCAAAUCUCAGUUGUUAAUUAUCUUGUAAUUGCCUAAAAUAUUAUACACUUAAAAUGUUGGGGAAACGUAAGCGUGUGGUGUUGACAAUUAAGGAGAAGCUUGACAUUAUUAAGAAACUCGAGGAAGGCAUCUCUUUCAAAAAACUUUCAGUGGUGUAUGGAAUUGGUGAAUCCACCGUUCGUGAUAUUAAAAAGAACAAAGAAAGGAUUAUAAACUAUGCAAACAGUUCAGAUCCUACUAGUGGGGUUUCCAAACGUAAAUCUAUGAAGUCAUCAACAUAUGAGGAACUCGAUAGAGUGAUGAUAGAGUGGUUUAACCAACAGAAAACAAAUGGGAUUCCAGUGUCUGGAACGAUUUGUGCAAAACAAGCCAAGUUCUUUUUUGAUGCUUUGGGGAUGGAAGGCGAUUUUAACGCAUCCUCUGGCUGGCUAACUCGGUUUAAGCGGCGCCAUGGUAUUCCAAAGGCCGCUGGUAAAGGAACGAAAUUAAAAGGAGAUGAAACUGCAGCCAGUGAAUUUUGUGGGAACUUUCAGGAAUUUGUUGAGAGAGAGAAUCUACAACCAGAGCAAAUUUAUGGUGCUGAUCAAACUGGGUUGUUCUGGAAAUGUCUACCAUCAAGGACAUUAGCUCUUGAAACUGAGCAAAGUACUUCUGGGUAUAAGUCAAGCAGAGAGAGAAUCAUUAUUAUGUGCUGUGCAAAUGCCACAGGUUUACACAAACUUAAUCUUUGUGUUGUGGGGAAGGCAAAAAAACCUCGUGCAUUCAAAGAAACUGACCUUUCAAACCUUCCUGUCACUUACUUCAGUCAAAAAAGUGCAUGGAUAGAACAAUCUGUUUUCAGACAGUGGUUUGAAAAAUACUUUGUGCCACAGGUACAGAAGCAUUUGAAAUCCAAGGGGCUUCUAGAAAAAGCAGUGCUGCUUUUAGAUUUCCCACCAGCACAUCCAAAUGAAGAAAUGCUGAGUUCAGAUGAUGGCAGAAUAAUUGUGAAAUAUUUGCCACCAAAUGUCACAAGUUUAAUUCAACCUAUGAGCCAGGGAGUUCUAGCCACUGUAAAAAGAUACUACCGAGCGGGACUUCUCCAGAAAUACAUGGAUGAAGGAAUAGACCCAAAAAUGUUUUGGAAGAACUUGACAGUGUUGGAUGCAAUUUAUGAAGUAUCAAGAGCUUGGAACAUGGUAAAAUCUAGUACCAUAACCAAAGCUUGGAAAAAACUUUUCCCUGGCAUUGAAGAGAAUUCAGGCAUGAACAUCGAUGAAGGAGCCAUUUUAGCAGCUAAUUUAGCAACAGUUUUACAGAAUACAGAAGAAUGUGAACACGUUGACAUUGAGAAUAUUGAUCAGUGGUUUGACUCUCAGAGUAAUGACUCAAGCUGUCAGGUGCUAACUGACAGUGAAAGUGCUGGGGACCAGGCCAAGGCUGCUGAGCAAAAGCCUUCCAGUAAGACUAGAAAAACAGACCUGAAUCCAGAGAAGCAUAUUAGCCAUAAAGCUGCACUUGAAUGGACUGAAAAUUUACUGGAUUAUCUAGAACAACAAGAUGACAUGCUUUUGUCAGAUAAAUUGGUAUUAAGGAGGCUUCGGACCAUCAUAAGAAGAAAACAGAAAAUCCAAAAUUACAAAAGUCAUUGAUAGGGCUCCUUAAGUGUUUCAGUGUGUUUGCAUCUUUGUGACUGUAUCUGCGGUGAAACGUACUUGAAGUCCUAUGGAUUCCAAGGCCAAAUACAUUUUAUAAAUGAUUUUAGGAUUAGAUGCCAUUUUGGAUUGCUUAAAUUACAGCUCUUUAAUGUUGACUCUGGUCAUUGAGCAUUGACAUGUAAUUGGUCUGUCUACUGUUUCUAAUCUGUAUUAUACUAAUUAGAUCAUAAGGUACCUGAAGUCAGGGAUCUUGUGUCUGUUUUGUGCCUGAAUUUUAAUAUGUCUAAUAAAGGGCCAUGCACAUUAUAGGCACUCAAUAAAUCUUACUUAAAUGGAAUUUUUAUGACUUUCUCUUAACUUCAGUUUCCAAAUUGAAAUAUGCUGGGGGUAAGUUUCUAUUUCCACAACUUUUCCACUGCUGGAAAUCUUAAAAGAGCUCAGCAAAGAUUGUUUUUGAAGUAUUUCACUGUGACUGCAGAGAACUGAAGAGAAAUAGUCUUAAGGCUUAAAUAGGGCAUUUCUGCACUAACAGUAUUUGGGCGAUCAGCAAUUCAGAUUGGUCUUCUCUGAGUAUAGCAAGGGAAGAGAAAUAAGGUUAAAAUGUCCCCAGAGAAAGUCUUUGCACUUCACUUUUAUUCAUCUGACAAUUGGAUGAGUUCCUUCAUAGUGUGGAAAGAAUGCCAUUCCUUUCCCAGGAAAAUAUAUUUCCGUUCCCAAACCCUUGCAAUUAGAAGAAGUGAGGAUUCAAUUUUAUUAUCUGUCAUUUUGAUUGUUUAUUGAUGUCAGCAGUUUUUCUCUGUAAUAAACUAUGUGACAUUUAUGUAACACUUUAAA